AUGUCUUCCUGGCCGAGCGCAGACAGCAGGGAGUCACAAUACGGCGCGUUGCAGAGGCAGCACAUCAACGAGCCGUCAUACCCGCCGUUCAUUGAUUCCUACUGCAACAGGAGGAUGAAGAGACGGGUGAUGACCACUCCCACAUGCAAGCCCUUCAUCACCUUCAUCCAUGCAGAUUCAUCAACAUGCGAGAGGGCUGUAGAGAGACUGUGCUACAAGACGGUAGCUGCUGAACCUAUGCUGGAAGGCAGCAGGUGCACACGGCCUCUGGCGGUGUCUGUGGUGAUUGUGGUGGAGGCUGCUGGAGCCAGCUCCAAUCGCAAGAACUGCUGGUGGAGUCACCUGGGACAGCGCAAGUCAGGGUGA